AUGUCGACAGCAUCUACCAAGUCCCGAGGAGUCAACCGACGGAUCAACAGCAUUCAAAAUGAAGGCCGCCAUUCACGCAAUUCUUCUGUCUCACGGCGCCGGCCACUCAGUGCCAACGUCGCCUCUAGUCACGCUCUCCGCGUAGCCUACCUCGCCUACCUUCUGCAUCCCCGUCCCCGUCGCAUUCAGAGUGUCCCGGUCGCAGCACCGCGGCAAAAGCGGUCGUCCUCUACCUCUAUACAUGACUUGAUGAGUGACUUUUCGCUAGUUCGAGAUUCAAAGAGCACAAGGAUUCCUCAUGGAUUCCUGUCUGAACUAGAAAAACGCCUCACGGGGGUGUUGAUUGGUAAAGAGAAGCGGAAGGAAUACCAAGAUCCUUUGGUGGUGCGCACUUUUGCGGCAUUUCUCAAUGCCUUAAAAGAGGACUCGUUUCGCAAGCGCAUGGAAAAGGACCGCCGAGCGGAAGAUCUAGUCCUUAUCUUCUAUUCAAAUGCCACGAAAGAACUGAGUAAGGGCAAAGAUCACGAUGAUGAUAGCUGGAGACUUAUGGUUGAUCGGCACGUUGCGCUAUUCGUUCGUCUCCUUGCACUGAUUCUCAAAAGUAACGAGGGGGGCAAGGAUAGACCAGAGCUGUCAAAUCGCUUGACUACCCUCGAAAGCAAGCUCCUUUUGCAAGAUCAGGACUUGAUGGAAGCCAGCAGCCCAGCAUCUAUAACUGAGGUGGCUGCCCCUUUGAGCUACGAUGUUAUGGAUAUGCCCCUGGUACAACAUGUGGCCAAGAUCUUCGGGAUGACAAUACUCCAAGCCCAGACAGAGAUCAAUAACCACAAGUCAAUUUGGACAGAAAAGGCGGCCAUGCAAGAUCUCAAAACUUAUCAGACGCAUCUUACCCUCCAGACUCAUACUACUCUAUCGAGAGAUGACUUUGAAACCGACGAGGCAUUUGAAAAUUGGAAGAAAAGCGAAGGCCCUGACCUCUCUCAGAUGAUGCUUGCAAUUAUGCAGUCUAAUCCGGAGCUUGCCAAAAGUGCACCUGGGUCCUUGCCUCGGUUCAACUCAGCUUCCACAGGCGAUGAUCUGUCGAGAACAACCUCUGGGCGUACAGACAGAUCAUCUUAUGUUAUUGACCAGCCUAUUGACUUCAGCUCCCUCUCCUUGGGCGAUGGCGACAAAGACGAGUCGGACACGUACACUUUUAUUCCGUCCGACCCUCGAGCUGUGUACAGCUUCAUUUUGUCUCAAACGCUGACCUAUGAUCUGCGGGAUCACGAGCUUGAAGUCAGUCAGGCCACAUCUGACACUCCAUCGAUGAAGCUGCUAUCCAAGCAGUCUACGGAAUUGCUCAACGAAAUUGGUCUCCGCUGGCGGAUUCCUCACUUUUCCCGUAUCGUACUGUUCCUAGAUGUCAUUCAGGCUAAGUUUGUGGACAACGAAAUUGAUUUGAGCACACUGGACUCGGCCUUCACCUUUGUCAAAGAGGCACCAGCUGAAAAUCGCAACAAGCGCAGUAGUUACGUUGCCCAUAAUACUACUACUAUCUUUGAUCGACAUAAGUGGACCGUGCAUGAUCUUCAAACGAUGCAGGUGCUGCUUUCCAAGCUCCAUGAGGCCCUGUUGCGUGAACUUUAUGAUGUGAUGAUGGAUUGUUUUGAGGCAAAACCACGUCCCAUUGGUCCUGUAAUGUAUAUCCUUCAAAAUCACAUUCAGACCGAUCCAAGCUAUACAGAGAAUCCCGAAGACAUCAACCGAUUCUCCUCAUAUGUGCAAGAAGGACUCGCCCAGAAGGCGACUGAGAAGUAUCAGCGCCUUCUGAGCCAACUGAUCCCUGUUGAUGCAGAAUCUUGGGAAGCCGAUCAUGUCAUUCAACUGGGUGAUGCGAUUUCCAAACUUGCUACCAAGAUUCAAAAAAGAUAUAGGAAUAAUCCUGAAAUUUUGGGCGUCAAUCCUUAUAUCACACUCUGCACGAGUGUCCUCCCUCUCUUUGCCGAUGAUUCAAAAGAGAUGGUCAUUCAGAUCAUUGAACUGGCCAAGUCUCAGGAUAAAGAGAUCGCCAUCGAGGAAGGAUUUGAUUUAUACAGGAAUCUUUCCGCGAUCAGACGCAUUUUUGCGAUAACAAUUCCAGACACCCCUUUCCCAUUCCACGUUGAAAGUCUUUUGGAAGAAUUUGUUUGGCGAUGGUUGCACAUCACAGACCAAAGUGUCAUGGAGUGGGUUAAUCAAGCCAUCAGACAGGAUACCUUUUCAGUCCGCGCGGAUCAAGAGGGUGAAGUCCCCAAAGACUCCCGGCAUAGUGUGUCAGUGAUUGAUAUCUUCCGAUCCUUAAAUGCUGUAGUGGAAAAUCUUAUGGGGCUCGAAUGGGACGACGAUUUCCAGUACGCGAAGUUCAUGACCGCUCUUUCCAACUCAAUCGGAAAAGGUGUCGCAAAGUACUGCGAAUCUUUGGAGCAAAUGUUUGCCAGAGAGUUGGAUCGUUUGACCCCUGAGCAAGAGGCGGCUUUGACCCAAACCACACAGGAGAAGUUCAUGCAAUUCGCCAAAGACACAUGGUCGAACAAGGACAAAAUUGAGCCUUUCCAAUUCUCUUCCGAGUCCUUGGUCAAGUUGAACAACAUUGAGUAUGCGCUUUCUCAGCUAGACAGACUUGAGGCUGAGAUAAAUGUUGACGGGUGCGCAGAGGUCAUUGCGCAAAAUACCCCUGCACAGCUUAAGAAGGUCCGUAAAUCAACCACUUAUGUGUUUACAAUCAAAGUGGUAGAGGCAGAGGAUCUCAAGGCAUGCGACAUGAACGGCGGCAGUGAUCCGUAUGUAGUCUUGACCGAUGAGUACCAAAAGCGCAUUGCAAAGACUCGCAUCAUCUACAACAACCUCAAUCCCCGAUGGGAGGAUGCCGUAGAUAUCACCACCCAGGGGCCGUUGAAUAUCAUUGCUACAAUCUGGGAUUGGGAUGCAGUGGGUGAUCAUGACUACGUUGGUCGUACAUCGAUCAAACUCGACCCGGUCCAUUUCAGCGAUUUCCUGCCGCGAGAAUACUGGCUUGACUUGGAUACUCAAGGAAGACUCCUGCUGCGUGUCAGCAUGGAAGGUGAACGUGACGAUAUCCAGUUUUACUUCGGCAAAGCUUUCCGUACUCUUAAACGAACAGAAAGAGACAUGACUCGGAGGAUUACCGAAAAGCUUUCCGCAUACAUCAGUUCCUGUCUGUCACGCCGCACUCUAAAGUCUCUGCUCAAUCGAGGACUGAGUAUAUCAAGCGUGUCCAAUUUCCUCAACCGAAAUCGAGCGCAGACCGCCACCGGGCCCACCUCUGCUGAUAUCGAGAGUGCACUCGAUCCCCUAUUCAACUACUUUAAUGACAACUUUGCGAUCAUGAACAAGACACUUACCUCGGAAGCCAUGAAGAUGGUAAUGGCCCGUCUGUGGAAAGAAGUCCUUGCCACGAUUGAGAGUCUACUAGUCCCACCUCUGUCCGACAAACCUUCUCAUCAGAAGCCCUUGACGAUGCAAGAAGUGGACAUCGUAUCACGCUGGCUCGUGCUGCUUCUGAACUUCCUCCAUGCCGUGGAUGAGGAAACCGGAGAAGUAGGGGGUGUUUCAAUCGACAUUUUGAAGUCUCCCAAGUACCAUGAGAUCCAAAGCUUGAACUUCUUUUAUUUCGAGCCAACCGACAAUCUAAUCCGCACAUCUGAGCGUAUGGCUUCGGCGAAUGUGAAUCGCCAACAAGCGAAUCGCAACCGCGUUUCUGCCCCGGCACAUCUAGGUGCAACUGGCUCAGGGAACGGGGGUUUAGGCCUUCCUAGCGCCCGUCGUGCGAAGAGCAUCAUGCUGGCACGUAAUCUUGGUACCAUGAGAAAGAUCAAGGAAGAGAAGCGCCGCGAAGCACAGGCCGAUCCAAACGACGAUAUGAUCCUUCGGAUCCUGCGCAUGCGACCCGAAGCAGCGGGCUACCUUCGCGACCGUAGCCGUCAGAAAGAAAGAUUGGCUGCUGCAGCUGCAGCAGAUGCUAUUGUGAAGCAGAGUCUUAUGGCUGGAGUUGGAAGCCGAAUGAGCGGGACUAUUCCACGGCGCUGA